CGGGCCCCAUCCCGCUGGCGGCGGCAGGCGGGCGGCAUGCUGCGGCCGGCCGCUUGGCAGGUGUUUCGCCAGUUUGUAAGGCAUGAGUCCGAUACGGUUGGCUCCUUGGUACUUGAAAGAUCCAUGAACCGUGUUCAGUUACUUGGUCGGGUUGGACAGGACCCGAUCAUGAGGCAAGUGGAUGGAAAAAAUCCUGUCACCAUAUUUUCUCUUGCGACCAAUGAGAUGUGGCGAACAGGAGAAAACGAGGAAGCCCAGGGAGGUGAUAUCAGUCAGAAGACAACAUGGCACAGGAUCUCUGUCUUCAGACCAGGCCUCAGGGAUGUUACGUAUCAGUAUGUGAAGAAAGGUUCUCGACUCUACGUUGAAGGGAAAUUAGACUAUGGUGAAUAUACAGACAGAAACAACGUGAGGCGGCAGGCAACUACAAUUGUUGCAGAUAACGUAAUUUUUCUGAGUGAUAAUGUGAAAGAAAAGGCAUGAGGUCAUUAGUGCUUGGACUGAGGCUAUUUCAUUCCUUGUGCAUCACAGUGCUUCAUAAUUCUGCAAUCAUGUAUAUUGCUGUAGUUUCUUUAAAAAAUAAAUAACAUGUUUGAUACCCAU